GAAGUAAAUUGUGUAGUUGGCAAUGAAUUCCAAUGAUGAUGAUCAAUUCUAUUAGUUUGAUCGCUUUAACUGCUGUAUCAUAGGAGGAACCACCUGUACGCUGUAUCCAUGAAAAUGUGGACCACUGUGACUACGACAGUGACCGGAUCAUGCGUGUUAUCCAACUUAUUUUACAGGGCACCUGUAAUGUUAGAUGAUUUACUCUGCAGGAGUUAAUCUGCAGCAACUGCGACUAGGUCAUCUGUAUUGACUAUUGAAAGACUGGCAGUGCCGGCUUGCACAUGGAAUUGGUGAUACCAUGAUCAGUAGUUUUAGUGAUAGGCAUAGACAUAGACAGACAUAGUCGGGUUAGAUUGAAAUCGAGAGGAGGGGAAUUGCCAGAUUUGCCAGCCGAAGAUGAUCAGGCACAAGUUGAGCACCAAGUGAGGAGUGCCUGCAGAAUAAGUUAAAGUCUAAAGUUAUACAUGCACCAACUUGACAUACUUUGAACAAUUGAUGGUCUGGGUUCGAUUGGGGGACCGAGAUGGUUUUCCCCGUUGGACUGCAGUCCAAAUCCAAGAGCUCUCCCCUAUGAAACUAAAAGUUCCUACCCCAAGCCCAAGCCCCUACCCCUGCUCCUUUAUCUCCCUGGUUGCUUCUCUGUCAUUUACUUCUAAUUUUUCUUCUUCUACUUCUUUUGAUUUUUUUGUAAGCGUGACUGUGUCUGUCUCUGCAGUGUAUAUAUGCAGGGAUUGACGGCAGCAGGCCAGGACUUGUAAGGCAGCACCAUAAGAUUAGACAGCUAUUCUGGCCAGAAGAGCCUCAAUUUGUUCCGAUGGCAGCAAGAUUUAGAGCCAAAAUCGUUCCUUUUGGGUUGUGGGCGCAUAUGAUUUCUUUGAAGACUGAGGGAAUUGUUGCAAACCAACCACGGCAACCAGCAGUCCAGCACACACAUUCCUAUAACAUUCUCGAAAUUCCAGGACGUUUAUACUAUUUGUUCGGGAAACUAAUAGAAACAGCAGGAGGCUACCUCGCCGGCGCCGGAUUAUCAUCGACACCACUAACUUUGUUCGGCACUGCCUCAUCACAGCGGCGGCCGGCGGUCAUUAUUGCAGUCAACGCAGAGCGUAAGCUUAAUUCAUGGCCGGCUUCCGCCGCAACAGCCACCGCAACGCCGACGGUAGAAGUGGCGGUAGGUCAGGAUGAUAUUCAUAUCAACGGAAAAGCCUUUAUUUCCGGCGCGAUGGAAGAGGAGCAGGAAGUUAAGAGGAGUUGGAGGGAUUACUUUGAAUUGGCUAAGCUCUUUAUCGGAUCUGAUGGUGGAAGUGGCCGUGGUCCGCCUCGUUGGUUUUCGCCAUUGGAGACUGGGAAGAGAAUGCCCAACUCUCCUCUUCUUCUCUACUUGCCCGGACUUGAUGGUCUUGGAUGUGGACUUGUUUUACAACAGCAAAAACUAGGCAAGAUUUUUAAUGUAUGGUGCUUGCACAUACCUGUCAAGGACCGAACUCCAUUUCAAGAAUUGGUAAUGCUGGUAGAGGAAACUGUUAGAUCAGAGUAUGGUUGUUAUCCUGGGAGACCCAUAUAUCUUGUUGGCGAAUCGAUGGGAGGAUGUCUUGCAUUAGCUGUGGCAGCUCGAAAUCCUGAUAUUGAUCUUGUACUCAUUUUGGCUAAUCCCGCUACAUGUUACAACAAGUCACACCUGCAAUCUCUGUUACCUCUACUGGAAGUCAUCCCUGAUGAGCUUUCUCUGAUUAGUUUACCAUACACCCUCAGCCUAAUGACAGGUGAGCCCUUUAAUCUGAUCUCUUCUAGUGCGGGGAAAGGGAUUGAACAACAGACAACAUUGGAACAACUUUCUCAAGGUCUUGGUGAGCUGUCAUCAUACUUUUCUGUCUUGGCUGAUAUCCUUCCUAGAGACACACUUUUGUGGAAGCUGCAGAUGAUGAAAUCAGCUUGCUCAUAUGCCAAUUCGCGUUUACAUGCUGUCAAAGCUCAGAUUCUAAUUCUGGCCAGUGGAAGGGAUCCACUAUUGCCAAGCUUGGAGGAAGCUGAAAGGAUUCAAGGGGCUUUACCAAAACAAGAGAUUCAUGUGUUAAAGAACAGUGGUAAAAUGCCAAAGUGUGAGAUCCGCAAAUUCAACGAUUCUGGUCAUUUUCUCUUCCUGGAAGAUGAUGUUGAUUUAGUGACCAUUAUAAAGGGCACAAGUCUCUAUCGCCGUGGUAAAUUCCAUGACUAUAUUUCUGACUAUUUGCCUCCCACUGAAGCUGAAUUUAAGAAAACAGCUGAAUCAUUCAGAUGGCUUGAAAUUGCUACUGGACCGGUAAUGCUCUCUACUUUGGAGAAUGGUGAUAUUGUGCGAGGCCUUGCAGGAAUUCCCAGUGAAGGUCCUGUUGUAUAUGUUGGCUAUCACAUGAUACUGGGUUUGGAGAUUUAUCCCCUGGUAAUAAAUUUUAUGUCAAAGAGAAAUAUCCUCAUGAGGGGGCUUGCACAUCCUAUGAUUUUUGCAAAGCUGCAAGAAGAUGCCCUGGAUCUUUCUAUGUUCGAUUCAUAUAGGAUCAUGGGUGCAGUUCCAGUCUCGGCCAGUAACUUCUACAAGUUGCUUUCUUCAGGUUCUCACAUUCUUCUGUAUCCAGGAGGAAUGCGUGAAGCUCUUCAUAAUAAGGGUGAGGGAUAUCAGUUAUUUUGGCCAGAAAGGUCUGAAUUUGUGAGAAUGGCUGCUAGAUUUGGAGCCAAAAUUAUACCUUUUGGGGCUGUUGGAGAAGAUGACAUUUGUGAGAUUCUACUAGACUCAGAAGAUCAGAUGAAGAUUCCAUACCUCAGAGAAACAAUAGAGAAACGAACUACUCAGUUUAAAUUAAGGACUGACAUGGAAGGGGAAGUUGCAAACCAACCUGCGUAUUUACCAGGACUUCUGCCAAAACUUCCUGGCCGUUUCUAUUUCCUGUUUGGUAAACCAAUUGACACAGCAGGGAUGAAACAGGAAUUGAGAGACAGAGAGAAAGCUCAUGAAGUGUAUUUGCAAGUGAAGUCGGAGGUUGAGCGUUGCAUCUCAUAUUUAAAAGAGAAAAGGGAAAAAGAUCCCUACCGGAGUCUUGCUGCCCGAACAUUGUACCACACCAUUCAUGGUUCCGAGGAUGAUGCUCCCACAUUCGAGCUUUAAUUAUUAUUUACAUAAUUACAAAUGGUCCAGUCAUCAUAUAUACUUCCUACACAGCAAACGAUUGGUGACUCAAUUCUUUCUCUGCUUAAUACGAAGUUAAAACUUCAACUUCGUAUUGGUUCUGAUAAUAUAUGAUGAAAAAUUAACAUUAUGUAAUUGCUGUAUCGGUUUUUUAUUCUUUUCAUAUUUGAAUAUAGAUUUAGUACUGUUAAAUAAGGUUGUGGUAAUGUGGUCUAUGAUAAUUUUCAUAAUUAAAGACUAGUUAACGUGUAAGCAUUGAAACGCCACCCAUAAUAAUGAUCAAUUAUGCAAAUAUUGUGUUCAAUUUGACUA